AUGGCGGCGAGUAGUGAUCAUCACUUUCUUAGUUUCCAACCAAUUGGUUACAUGCGCAGCGUGUUUCUGUUCAAGAAUGGUACACCACGGCAACCUUCACUUUGCACUUCUGCACGUGGCUCACUGACUAUUAUGAAAACCAUAUUUAAUAAUCCUGAACAUUCUCUUGAAGGACUGGAACAAUUCUCUCAUGUUUGGAUUAUUUUCAUCUUUCAUCAAAACAACAAUGUGCACACCAAGGCAAAAGUUAAGCCCCCAAGACUGAAUGGUAGAAGAGUUGGUGUCUUUUCUACUCGCUCUCCAUAUAGGCCAAAUGCCAUUGGAUUAACACUUGCAAAGAUAGAAAAAAUAUCAGGGUCAUCCAUUGACUUUAGUGGCAUUGAUCUUGUUGAUGGCACACCCGUACUGGAUAUAAAACCAUAUAUCCCACAGUAUGAUCUACCUGUCGGCUUCAGAGGGAUUUCUGAUUCCCAACUUUCUCCCACAUUCACUGGAGAAGCUGAGAGGUCAGCGGACAUGCAUCAACACCCUUUUCUACAUUCAACUUCAUGUGUCAUGAAAAAGGAGAGAAAACCAACAUCAGAUCCCAUGACCAACACUGUUGCUUUAGAAGGCAGUUCUGGAGGAUCAAAGACAGAAGUCUUUGACAGUCCUGGAUCUGAACCAGACACCUGCAGUGUUGUCCCAGCUAAAUCACUGAUGGGUGAUAGCUGUCCUUCUGAUGACUGUAAAUAUGCUGCUGUUGAAAACAAAAAAGAGAAGCACUACCUCAAAGAUGAGCAGGAAUGCUUAACCAGCAUGAAGAAGAGCAUGCUUCAUGAUGAUGUGGAAGGAGGCUCAUGUGUCAGGCAUUCACCUCCUUUUUCAGGGAUAUCAGAAUGUUUAUCAAGGCAUUUAAUGCCAUCCCAUACAAACGAUCUUUUGCCAGUAUGUGAACAAACAAACUUUGCUACUUUAAAGGUUUGUGCAAGUUGUGGAGCAGAACAGAGGGAAUGUAAAGUAGUACCUGAAGGCUCAAAUAACACGUCUAUUGCAAGGGACACAAUCCAUACAGAUCCAGUGUUUAUAGCAAACUGGCUGUCCUCCCCUCCUGUAUCCAAACUUCAUGUAUCUUUUACAGAAAAAGCUGAAGCAGAUCUAAAACUAUUUAGCCAGCAAGAGCCUGAGGGUACUCAAACAGAAUACAAACUUGACUUUUUCACAGAAGAAUCAGAGAUAAGAGAUGCUAUAGUUUCUGUUUUACUGGAAGAUCCUAGGUCUGUUUACAGGAGGGAGAAAUGCCAGGAUGCUUUGUAUUUUUUCACUGUUGAUCGAAUCCAUAUCACAUGCUCUUUUCAUGAUGAUCAUGCUGAAGUGCUGAAGCUGCAGCCCAUAAGCUGGGCUGAGAAACUGAAGGAAAGACCACAAAAACUCUGACUGUAGUUUUCAAUAAACAUUUCAAGCUUUGUAGAUCAUGCUCAUCUUUAAAGAGCUUUGUGAGCUCUCUUUGUUUCAUAUGGAGUACUGCAUUUACAUUUAUUUCCUCAUCAAUUUUCUCAGAUCCUCUGCCAUCUGGUUAUUAUUUUACAUUUAAGUCUUUUUCUUCACAGCCCAUCUUUCUACCCUUUUUAAUAUUUCUUCCUUUAUUUCCUCAGUAAGAUUCUUGUGUCAGAUUUAAUUUAAGAUCCCUGCCUGUGAUGCACAUUUCCUCUCCAUUUUACGCGUGUAGAAAACGUUUUUAAGGAAGUUAAAUGCUUCCAGGUGUGAUAAAAUUAUAUAAAAUGUAUUGUUAAAAGC